UUUUUUUUCGAAAGUUGAGCUUUUUGAACAGCUGAUGAUGAGAUAACUGGAAUUUCAGAAUGGAUUUUUGUGGUUUUUUUGGAAGUUUUGCAUUAAAAUAAAUGAUAUUGGCAGUGGUUUAAUUGUUGGAUCGUUUAAGGUCAUAAUGCUGAGUCGGUUUACAUCGUCGAUCAAAUUUCCACCUCAACAGAAUGAUGAAUAUCAGGGCGUGGAUUGCUAACAAGAAGGACAUCAUUAGAAUAUACGUCGGUAGCUUAUUUUACAAUGAGCAAUGUAAUUGGGAUUAUGUGUUUGAUGUUGCUCUUUCACCGGUAUUCUGGUUCAUCGAUAAUUACGCCGGAAAGCUCGGAAAAAGUUUCGUAGUGUUAUGUUGCUUGCUGAUGGGAUGCAUCACAGUGAUAAGUUACUGGAUAGGAUUGCCAUUUUGGUGGGAAAAAAAUCCUACAGCUGCGGUAUUGUUGUUGAUAAUUGGUAACUGGUUGAUGAUCAACUGCGCCUUUCAUUACUACUUGGGUAUUGCGUGUAAUCCUGGAUAUCCUCCGGAUAACACAUUUUUCGAGUUUGUCGCCAGUAUUUGUAAAAAAUGUAUACAACCUAAACCACAUCGAACUCAUCAUUGCUCAGUGUGCAAUCUUUGCAUAUUACAAAUGGAUCAUCAUUGUCCUUGGUUGAAUAAUUGCGUGGGCCAUUUUAAUCGUCGAUACUUCUUUAUGUUCAUGGUGUACAUAGAAAUAAGCGUAUUAUUUCUGAUCACAUUCGGAGUAGAAAUCGCUUACAACGAGGUUUGGUUGCAUUUCAUGUCCUCCGGCGAAGAACAAGAUCUCUACGGUUAUCCGGUCCAAGUUAAUACUUCUUUACCCAAAGACAAAUGGGUCGUAGAACCUACACGGGCUGAAAGUGACUAUGUGAUUUCCGAAGAGAAGUAUAAAUCGUUGAGACGUCGAGCAAUCCUGUUUACCGCAAUCAUUUGUUUAGGAGUAGCCAUCGCCAUAGGUACUUUAUUGGUGAAUCAUUUCAAAAUGAUUUCUAAAGGCGAAACUAGCAUCGAAAAACAUAUUAAUGAAACUGAACGUAAAAAAUACGCAGAUCGAAACAAGGUUUAUGUAAAUCCUUACGAUUUCGGAUUCUAUAAAAAUUGGACAAUUUUCUUUGGCAUCGAAAACGGAUCUGGAAGGUCUUGGAGACACGUCGUAUUCCCCUCGGCUCAUCAACCAUUCGGCGAUGGUAUCAUUUGGCCGAAUAUUCAUUCCACCGAAUCGGAAUGGAGUAAUUUCUUCCAACUUAAACAUCAGUAAUUUUACUAUACCAUUACGAUAAAUACCAUCGGCUCAAUCGUUCUAGUCAAGAAUGUAAUUUAUAUUUUAAAAAAAAUCUUUUAUUAUUUUUUUUUCAUCGUUUUUAAAUUUUUAUAAUCGUAAAAAUGGCACAUAGAUAAAUAAAAAGUUACAUUUAA